AUGCCGGGGGCCCGUGCCGCCCAGCGGUACCGUGGAGGAAAUGAAAAGUCAACAGACGUUAUCAGUGCUUGGGAAGGAGACUCCAUCAGCAUAACUUGCCCAAUGAAUGGUUCACAAAAUCAAGUGGGGAUGUACUUGAGAAAUAUCAGACAGAAUCUCAAUAUGAUAUAUUUUCCCAAGGACAAAUCUCAAAAAGUUGUUUGUAACUUUGAAAAUCGCACCAAGUGUUCAAAGGAAGGGGAGACCCUCAGGAUAACCCUGCACAGGUUACGGCAAUCUGAUUCCCAAAUCUACCUAUGCUCUGAGAUUGUUAAAAUCAAUGGCUUUCCCAAAGAACUUUAUGGGAAGACAACCAUAGUGCUGGUCAAAGCUAAUUCCAGCAGGACUGUGGAGCAGUCGCCGCUCUAUGCCAACCCUGAGCGAGGCCAGUCUGUCAACAUCACCUGUGUGUGCUCCUCUCAAGCUGAGAAGUUCUACUUGCUCAGGGCUCCCAUGCAGCCUGACCAAGUUCUGUCUGUGUCAAAGCUGAACAUGGCAGAAGUUUCUCCUGCCUUUAAGAAUCGCUUGCAGUAUUCAAGGGAAGGGAACAGAGCUGUGGUAACUCUAGAGAAGCUGCAGGAAGGCGACAGUGAUAAUUACAUCUGUGCUGAGGAGGUGAUGGGCUCCCCUCUGCUCUCAGCACAUGGCACCAUGGUGCUGGUUAAAGGGGAGCAGGUGUGUGAGAAGAGCUCCUGGGAUCAGUAUGCCCUUGUCGGGGUGGUGGCUCUGCUGUUCUGUGCCCUGGUGUGCUGCACCUUGUACCGUGUGGAUGUGAAGAAAUAUUUCCAGAAGAAAAAUCCCAAUGUGGUGUAUGAAGACAUGUCCUACAGCUCCAGACGGAGCACACUGGUCAGAAACAACAACUAUUCCUGAAAUGAGCAAACUCCUGC